AUGUUCACCAUCGCUUCGGGUGCAGGAGGAACCUACUAUGUCUACCUCGUUCAGAUGCUUCCACAGUAUCUCAAUCAGACUUGGGUCUCUUUCCCUUACGAAAUACUUCUCGCCCUGUGCACUCAGUACCUAGGCUUCGGGUUCGCCGGAAUUUUGCGUCGAUUCGUUAUUUUCCCAGUGGCAGCUAUUUGGCCGAAAAUACUUCCAGCACUUGCUCUCAACAGAGCCCUCAUGUUCAAAGAACGCAAGGGCGAGGUCAUCAAUGGAUGGCGAGUGACUCGAUACCGAUUCUUCGUCACAUGUGCGUCCCUCAUGUUUGUAUGGUUUUGGAUUCCAAACACCUUUUUUCAAGCCCUACGUCUCUUCAACUGGAUGACUUGGAUCGCUCCGAACAAUUACACGCUCGGUAUGAUCACGGGCUCCUAUGGAGGUAUGGGAUUCAACCCCUGGUCCACAUUUGAUUGGAAUACGUCGGGUGAUGGAGAUCUGGUCACUCCAUUCUUCAGUACCCUCCAGCAAUACAUCGCUCGAGUCCUCUCUGGUCUGAUCAUCAUCGGAAUGCACUGGGGCAAUAUGUACUGGGGAGCAUACAUGCCUAUCAAUUCCAACGAAUCGUUUGACAACACUGGUCAACGUUACAACGUCUCCCGAAUCAUGGGAGACAAUGGGUACGUGAAUGUCACUGCUUACGCCGAAUACGGACCUCCGUUCUUCUCGGCUGCCGAUGUCUUUGGCCAAGGAGCAUGGUUCGCUUGGUACGCCAUGGUCUUCUUCUAUGUCACGAUCAAGAACUGGCACACAAUGUCAAACACAUUCAAGGGUAUCUGGCACUCGAUCGUGUCGAGAAGUUCGUCGAUCUAUGAUGGUCAUAAUGACGCCCACACGCGAAUGAUCCGACGAUACAAAGAAGUGCCUGAGUGGUGGUUCCUUCUGAUCCUGCUCUUCGCAUUCGUUACAGGUGUCGCAGCAUUGGAAGGCUGGCCAACGCACACACCUUGGUGGUCGCUACUCACAGUCAUGGUUCUAAACUCCAUCUUUCUCGUGCCUUCGGCCAUCCUGCUCGCCUCAGCUAAUGUUACCUUCCACACAGGUGUCCUGUUCCAGGUUCUUGCCGGCAUCUGGUUUGCCGGAAAUCCUCAGGCCCAAAUCAUCAUGCAAGCCGUCUCCUCUAACUUUCAUCACCAAGCCGACAGCUAUAUUUCGGACCUCAAGAUUGCGCAUUACGCCAAGGUACCUCCUCGAGCCAUAUUCCGCGCUCAAUUCAUUGCUGUCUUUCUCAAUUGUCUAAUUUUCAUCGGUCUCCUGAAUUGGAUGGUAGAAAAUUUCAACGGAGGUGGUACUCUGUGUACUUGGUCGAACCCUCAACGAUUUGUGUGUGGGUCAGCUGUGCUAUAUUACGGAUCAGCUGUCCGAUAUGGAGCCUUUGGUGUUCGUAAUAUGUUCAAGCUUUAUCCUCUUUUUCCCUGGUGUUUCCUCAUCGGAGCUCUCGUCGGUAUCGCUUUUGCCGUCACGCAAAAGUACGGACCUCAGAUCCGAGAGUCCUGCCAGAACAGAUGGAACGAAGCUCGAUACGCCGUUUGGGACAAGUACCUGUUCUACCCUUUGUCUCUUCUCGCUUGGUUUGACCCGGCCAUCUUCUGGUCAGGCGCACUUCACUGGACGGGUGGCUCCAACUUGACUUAUGCCACCAAUGGCCUCUACCUCUCAUUUAUUUUCAUGUACCAUGUCAAGCGUCGCUACUCUGCAUGGUGGGAGAAGUACAACUAUCUCAUCGCUGCUGGAUUCGGUAUCGGUGUUGCCUUGUCUGGUAUUGUCCAAACCCUCAUCUUUGCAUUCUCAAAUGGAGGCGACGGUAUCCGCAUCGAUUGGUGGGGCAACAACGUCCAGAUUGCUGGUGUCGACUAUCAAUCGUAUGUUCAGAAUGCGACCCUCCUGCCUAUACCCGAGCAAGGCUACUUUGGACCUGACAAGGAGGACUGGCCGAUGGACUUUGGCGGUCUGGAGAAGCAAUUUGGAUACUGGUAA